AUGCCGCGCAAACACAGACCAAGGGAUACCAAGAUUUACGUCCCGGCCUCUCCGGCACCGCAACCUCCCGGCUCGCCGUCCGAUGGGCCCUCAGAGUCCGGCCCAAGUCUCGAGGUGCUCCUCAUGGCGCAGCAGAUCGCGCACCAGCGCGGACACACGUUCGACAUCGAGUCCUUCCUGACCCCAGAGCAGAGGGUGGAGUACGCCGCGAUCCAGGGCGAGGAGCCGCCAGACGUGCCCUCUGGCUCGACGUCUGAACGAUCGGGCGAAGCGUCCGGGAUGUCCGGCGUGUCCGGAGCGUCUGGCGUGUCGGGGGAAGGCCACUCGAACUCAGGGGAAGGCAGCGAGGAAGGCGGAGCAGGCAGUGAGGGGGGAAUAGGGACACGAGAGAGAGAAGACGAGGACGUUAUCGGCACCCCGCCAGCGAAGCGGAUCAAGCUCGGCCCCAACACGCCCCUCUCGCAAGUAUACUGGAAGCAGCGCCUCGACCGGCUUGCGCGCGUGCGCUCGCGCUCCUUCUCCCCCUCCUCCUCGCCCUCAGCCUCGGUCCACCCCCACCUCCCGGGACAUCCGUCACACCUGCCCCCGCCCUCGCCCGCGCGGUCCCGCGAGGCCUCGCCCUCCCCCUGGGCUCGUCGAGAACUGAGAGACACCCCCGUGCACCUCCGCAAGCUCGCGCCCGUCACCGAGGCGGACAAGGUCGACAUUGCCGCUUCAGCAAGCUACUGGAACCACCUCCUGUGCCAGGCGCGUGCGGCCCGCGGGCCGCAGUACGACUACAACACGCGCCAGCUGUUGUUCGACCGCCAGUCCGAGGCGUACUACACCCAAGGCCGGCCGCCGAGGGAAGACACGCCGCCGCCGGAGCCGGCCCCCGAGGCUCCUUCCUCUGCCGCUUCCGCCUCCGCGUCUGCUGGUGAGGGUGGUAAGGACCGACCCGCCAGCAAGGAUGGUUCCCAGGCGGAGAAGAAGGACGCCGGGAAGGACAAGGGAGAGGAGAAGAAGGAUAAAGGACCACCCACACCGAAACCGAAUGGGGAACAGCAACCAAACGGCACGCCCAAGAGCCAGCCGCCCCCAAGCCCGGGGCCGCCGCAUGCCCGGCUUGCUGCUGCCCAGGCGGCGCAGGCGAAUGUGCAGGCGCAGGCGCUCGCUCUUGGUGGAGUUGGGCCAGGACAGGAGUCACCUGGAGGACCUGGCGGACCCGGGGGACCAGGCGGACCAGGGGGCAUGCCGCCUGGCAUGAACCCCGGCAUGAACCCCGGCAUGAUGAUGCCGCAGGGCGUGAACCCGAUGGCGCUCAUGGGCGGCGGGCCGCCGCCGCAGGGUCCCAUGGUCGGAGGGGGACAGGGGCCAAUGCUCGGCGGAGGGUGGCAGGAUAGUUAA